AUGGAGGCCGGUGAAGGUUAUCGCGGACGUAUUCCGUUCAAGCCGCUUCAGCUGACUUAUGACGAGCGCGUCGUCACCACACGAGGAUCGCCACGCCACCACUCGAAUCUGGAUAGUGCGCGCUGGAAACGCCACAAGACACAAAGCAACGCGUCGCUGUAUUGCGAGCGCCACCACAUCGGCCGCCGAGAUCUGCAAAUGCCCGGAGACAAGUGGGAGAAUCCAGCCGUACUGCUCGCGGUCGGCACCAUCCAGGCCAGCUUGGACGACGUCAUGUUUAGAGUGACAACACAAACCUUCGGGGAUUUGCGUGUCCGUGCAGCAUCGAUUUCGUCACAUGACGUUAGUGGAGCCACGUUAGCGAAACUGUCAGGGCCAACGGUGGAGGACCCAUAUCAGAAUCUCAGUGUAAUGUGGAUGGUAGGCGAGCAAGGAUGGCCACUAAGCAUGCUCGUGCGUCCUAGAGAUUUCAUUAAUUUAUCAGCGUCGGGGGUCAUUACACGUGCAAAUGGAGAUCGUAUCGGGUAUGAUUUGGUCCAGCCUGCGCCGCUGCCUCAACUGCCAGAGCUUCUCAAGCCGAUGACACGAGGAAAGUUGAUACUAUGGGCCAUAUCUUGGAUACCAUUGUGA